AUGUGGUUUAAGCUUGGUCGUAGAGUGUGUAGGUUUUCUAUUGAAGAGUUUGCUCUAGUUACGGGUCUUAGAUGUGAUGGUGAUUUUGAUUUAAGUCGUUUUCAAAAAAAGAAGGUUUUGUUUAAGAAAAAAAUAUUUGGCCGUUUUGUUGGUAAGGUGUCGAAGUCUGAAUUACGCAAUGCUUUUAUUAGUAAGGAUCUAGUUGAUGAUGAGGAUGUUGUCAAAUUGGGUAUAGUUCAUAUCCUAGUUAACUAUUUGUACGGCUAUACUAGUGAUAAGUUGGUUGAUGAUUUCUUUUUUGAGAUGGUUGAUCGAGAUUUUUCUGAAUUAGCAAAUAUUAGUUUUGGCAAGUUUGUAUGGGAUAGGAGUUUUCAAUAUUUGAAAACUGCUUUGAAGGGUGGGAAUAAAAUCUUUGAUGGACUGUUCGUUGAUGGGAAGGUUGGCCUUCACCCUUACAAACUUCUUGGGUUUCCCAUUGCUUUUCUUGUAUGGAUUUAUGAAAGUAUAGCUGAGUUAAGUCCUGAGUUUUGUCAACGAGUUGGGAAAAAAUUUCCACGUUUGUUGAAUUGGAAGAGUACAGAUAAUACGUUCUAUGCAAACUUGGUGGGAAAGGUUUUCAACAAUCAGAAGUUGAUGUUGACUAUCCUGAAUGUCUAUCUGUCUUCUGAGGAGAGAAAGAAACUGGCAGUAAAGAAGUUUAAGUUUGAGCCUCUAUACUUGCCGAAGGUGUGUGCUGAAGAUGGAGACAGUAGUCCGGGUACCCAGGUUGAUAGUGAAAAGUUGAGAUUGAUUUGUGAAUCAAUCUCAUCAAUAAAAGCAUGCCAAGAAACUAUUAUUAGUGACAUUGCAGUUAUGAGAUCUGAGUUCAUGGGGAAGCUCAGUGAUUUAUCUGCAAUGAUUGCAAAAUUUGUUGCAAAAAAUUCUGAAAAAGUUGCAAAUUCAAGUGAUGAAAGUGCUGGUUUUAAUGAAGGGGAAAAGCCAGAUGAUUUUGAUAAUGUUUCCAGUCCUAUUUCUGAUGAUUCUAAGGAUUUUACAAACAAGCCUGAGUUCAGUUCAGUUGGUUUAAGUUUUGAAGAAGUAUAUGUUGAUCCAGAGAUUUUGAGUGUUAUUGAUAGAACUGUUCAGUAUGCAGAAGGAGAAAAGAAAUUUACCGGGAGUAAGGAUGAUUGGAAGGUUGUGAUGGUUGGUGAUGAUGAUGAGGUUCCUGUUGCUAUUGAAAAGAGGGAGCCUAAACCUAGUACUCAUGUCAAGUCUCAUUUUGUUACUGAGUUUGGUUCUUCUGAUGUUAAAGAAACUGUGAAGAGGAAGGGAGUGGAAGUGGUGAUUGUUAGAGGAUUGGUUCCAUUUGAAAAUGAAAUAGGGCAGAAUGUUUCAAAGAAUGAUUGCCUGGAUUAUAUUUCUUGGAUUGAGGAUAAAAUGAAUUUUAAGAAUAAGAAGAAGAAAUUUUCUGAUGUCAAUAACAUUAUCAAUCCCCCAAUGGAUUAUUCAUUUGUUAAAAUUUCUGAGAAAAUGUGGUUUUACAAGCUUCAAACUUGUGGGGAGGAGCUUAUGGACACUCAUAUAAAUGUAUGUUUUUAUUACCUGAGGAAGAAGAUUAAGCUGGUUGAUGGUUUGAACAAGAGGGUUACAACUACAGACUCUUGGUUUGAUGCAACUAUCAAGGGUUUGUAUGAUAACUUUGUGGCAGCCAAAUGUGAUUCAAGCAUCAUUCGUUUUGAUAAUCUAAUUUCAGAUUACAUUAUUGGUGAAUAUUUGUUUUGUAACACUCCUUGGGUGGAUGUGGAUCAUGUUCUUUUUCCUGUGCAUGUGAAGGUUCAGUUGCAUUGGGUUUUUAUUCACUUUUCCAUUAAGAGUAGGAUGUUAACUGUCUACAAUUCUUUGACGGGGAAGAAGAAUGAGAGUAUUGCUUUGCCAUAUGUGAAGGCUUACUCUGUUGUUUUACCAUAUUUUCUAGAUUUUCUUGAUUUUUAUUGUUCUAUGAAAGAUUUGGACUUGAAUGUUGGUCCAUAUUCUGUUGGGAAGAAGGAUCCAAUUGAUUUUAACUUUGCCAAAGACUUGCCAUUUCAAGAGGAUAAGUAAGUAACUGGUUUUUUGUAUAUUGUUGUUUAUUUUUCUAUUUUGUUUGUUUUUAAGUAAUUUCAUAUUCUGUUUUUUGUGUUUUUUUUUUUUUUUUUUUUUGCAGUGAUUGUGGAGUAUUUGUUAUCAAGUAUGCUCAUUUGUUUAUUCAUGGGAAGAUUGAUGACAUCCCGAAGAACAUGGCUGCCAAAAUUGCUACCUAUCGUGAUUAUCUUGCCAUUAACUUGUAUAGUCAUGCAAAAAAGAAGCAGAUUGGUGGGUACAAGACAGAAGAUGAUGCUCCAUCAAAGAAAUCAAAGAGGAGGAGGAAUUAUAAGUAGAGAUGUUGGAGUUUUUUUUUUUUUAGCUGUAUUAACGACCAUGUCUUUUUUUUCUUUCGUUGUUUAAUAGUGAAGUUGUGGUUUGUAACUGGGUACUGUUUUUGUACUGGACUUAUGUAUGGUUUUUUUUUUGGUCAAUGUAAAGAAUUGGUUUCAACUUUUGGCUUAAUAUAAAGUUUUUUUUAAUGUAUAUUAUUUUAAUGUGUAUGUUUUUUUAUUCAAUAGUGUUGGAGUUUUUUUUUUUUUUAAAGUGUGAAGAUAUUGUG